AUGUGGAGGUUAACGUGUGUCGCUUUGACCCUGCUCAUUUGUGUCAAAGGUUCACUUUCUCAGUUGAAUGUAUGUGGACAAGCCACACUGAACCCCAUUAAAAUUGUGGGUGGUGUAAAUGCUUCUGAAGGGGCGUGGCCGUGGCAGGUCAGUCUGCACAGCCCAAUCUACGGAGGUCAUUUUUGCGGAGGCUCCCUGAUCAACAGCGAAUGGGUGCUGUCAGCAGCUCACUGCUUUUCUAAGAUAACCCCGGCCAACCUGCAAGUUUACUUGGGGAAGAGAACACAGCAGGGAGUUAAUGCCCAUGAAAUCAUCAGAUAUGUUUCAGAGAUCAUCAAUCACCCCUCCUACAACCGCGACUCCGAUGACAACGACAUCACUUUACUUCACCUGUCCACCCUAGUCACCUGUAAUGACUACAUUAUACCCAUCUGUAUGGCAGCACAGAACAGCAUCUUCCCUUCUGGCACCAGCAGCUGGAUCACAGGCUGGGGACAAAUUGCAUCUGGAGUUUACCUGCUCAUGGUUAAAGUAGUGGAUAAUUCUCAAUGCAAUAAUCUUCUGGGCGCUGGAUCUGUCACCAACAACAUGAUGUGUGCUGAUUUACUGGAGGGAGGCAAAGAUACCUGCCAGGGUGACUCUGGAGGUCCAAUGGUGAGCCAACAGGGUUCAGUGUGGGUUCAGUCUGGUAUCACUAGCUGGGGUUAUGGCUGUGCUAAUCCCAAUGCACAUGGUGUGUACACCCGUGUGUCACAGUAUCAGAGUUGGAUCACAACACAAAACACCGUUAGCAAGAACCUCCCAGGAUUCAUCUCGCUUAGCCCCACAAGCCCAUGCCAACCUGCUCCUACCAUACCAUCUGCUGCUGCACCUACUACCCUACCACAUACCACUUCUACUCGACCCCGAUUGAGGAUGAUUUUUGGCACGGGCGAGUGA